AUGUAUAUUAUGCGUAUUCAUUUAAUAACAGAAAAUUUUUUAUCAGCAACAAUUUUUUGCUCAAUUUUAAUUUGUUUUAUUAUUAUUAUAUCUUGGAUAACACGACUUCGACAUAAAUAUUUUAAAACAUAUCGAUUAAUUGACGAUGCACAUUAUUGGUUAGCCGAAGAUCUUAUUUCACCUGUUAUAUGUAAUGUUUGUUCAAGUUCAAUAAUAAGUGGUUUUUGUUGUUCAUCCUGUCUAAUUUAUGUUCAUGAACGAUGUGUUAAACCAGCUAGACGUUUAUAUAAGUGCAAAAUGAUUACAACAGAUGAUGAUGAACAACCUCGACAUCAAUGGACAAAAGGAAAUUUAGAUUUAAAUAGUGUUUGCGUUGUUUGUGCAAAAGCAUGCGGUGCUGAGCCUCGUUUGUGUGAUUAUCGAUGUUUGUGGUGUCAGAGAAUUGUGCAUGAAUAUUGUAUUCGAGCAUUAAAUGAAGAAUGUGACCUUGGUGAAUUUCGACAAUUAAUUAUACCGCCUAAUGCCGUUGUUUCUCGAGCGGGUAAUCAACGAGUUGUCGGUUAUCGUCACGGUGUUGUUGAGAAAAUAUUACAUCCAGGUAUUCAUGGAUGGACACCAUUAUUGAUUAUCGGAAAUAGAAAAUCUGGUGGUACAAAUAGUGAUAUUGUAUUGAAUCUAUUUCGAACACAUUUAAAUGCCAUACAAGUAAUUGAUGUAACAGAGAUUAAUCCUGUCACAAUUUUAAAUUGGUGUAACUCAUUACCAGAAACAGAAUUUCGAAUAUUAAUUAUUGGAGGUGAUGGUACGGUUUCAUGGAUUUUAGAAACAAUUGAAAAUAAUAUUACGAGCAUUAAACCAGCAAUGGGAAUUUUACCAAUGGGUACGGGUAAUGAUUUGGCGCGUAUUUUGGGUUGGGGAAGUGGUGAAGAUGCGACAGUGGAUGCUGUGGACUAUUUACGACGACUCGUUUUUGCAAGAGUUAGUACAAUCGAUCGAUGGUCAGUUAAUAUUAAUUCAAAAGCGAAACAUUUUGGUUUGCCAACAACUACUCCUCGAAAAUUACGUAUGAGUAAUUAUUUUUCCGUUGGAUGCGAUGCUUUGGUUGCUCUCAAUUUUCAUAAACGACGAGACACCAUUCCAGAAUUUCUUGCUAGUCGAUUUUUGAACAAGCUCUACUACUUCCAUUAUGGUACGAUCGAUACAUUUCUCAAAGAAUGUAAAGAUCUUCAAGAUAAUACAAGGGGAAUUUGUAUAUUGAACAUCCCCUCAUGGGGAGCAGGGGUUCGUGUUUGGGGAGCUGGACCUAAUAUUCCAGUUCAACGGAUUAACGAUGGUCGGAUCGAAGUUUUUGGUAUUUAUUCAUCGUUUCACAUCGCGCAAAUGCAAGUUGGUCUUGCUGAUCCAUUUCGAAUUGGACAAGCACAACAUGUUAAGCUUACACUUAAUAAACGAUUUCCUGUACAGUGUGACGGAGAACCAUGGGAGCAGAGUCCUUGUGUAGUCGAAAUAUCGCAUUUUGGUCAAGCCAAAAUUCAAAAAGUAAAUAUGAGUGUUGCUAUUGUGUGUAUGGUAAAUCAUUCAGCAAUAGAACAUCAUAAAGACAUUACAUCGGGACAAACUGAAGAGAGUCUGAAAUGCUCGACAUCAGCAUCAUCAAAAAUCAUAGGACCAUUCGCUUGGAGUAAAAAUAUACAAGGCUUGGUGUUGGGUGCGUAUUUUUGGGGAUAUUUGAUUACGGAGAUUCCUGCUGGUUGGUUAGCAGCCAAAUUUGGUGCUAAAAAAUUAUUUGGCUAUGCGAUGUUAAUAUCGGGCAUCAUUACAAUAGUAAUGCCAUUUGCAGCCAAAGCUCAUUGGAUUACAUUAAGUUUGUUGAGAAUGUUUGUUGGACUUCUACAUGGAGUAAUUUGGCCUAGUAUGGCUACCAUUAUGGCUCAUUGGGCUCCACCAGCAGAAAGAAGUAGAUUGUUGGGGUUUAUGAAUGCUGGAGCACAAAUUGGAAACGUCAUCACGCUCCCAUUGGGCGCUGCCAUGUGUACAUGGCAUUUCGCUGAGGGUUGGCCAUUAAUUUUUUACUUCACAGGUGGAAUUGGAUUUAUCUGGAGUGCUGUAUGGCUGUUGUUUUAUGCCGAUAGCCCCGCAAAUCAGCGAUGUAUAUCUCAACGUGAAAAAACUUAUGUAUUAGAAAGUACUCAACAUCAGCUAGAAAGCCAUAGUAAAGGUGAAUUUAACGGAAUGUUAUCAGCGCUCCCCUAUAUUGUGUUUUGGAUCAAUAUUAAUAUUAGUGGAACAGUGGCUGAUUUUAUUGUCCGCAAAGAAAUACUGACAAGAACUCGAACACGAAAACUCUUCAAUGCUUUAGCAAACGACAUUGCUCCCUCGUAUGCAGGUCUUGUAUUUGGUAUCUCAAAUACCUUUGCUACUUUGCCAGGGAUCAUUAGUCCGUAUAUUGUUGGUGCUGUUACAGCCAAGGAUCCAAAAAAUUGGCGUAUUGUAUUUUUUAUUUGUGCUGCUAUUUACUGUUUGGGUGCUCUCGUAUUUUUAUUUAUUGGAAGUGGUGAUAUUCAACGAUGGGCGAUACAAAAUCGUCGGCCAAAGGACGAAAGAGAAGCUCUUAGACUUCAAGGAAUUAGUAAGGAUGAUGCAGCCGAUAACAAUAAAACGUGA